AUGCGUUUGAUCUCCAUUGUCGUGGCGGUUAGCGGGGCGGCCAACGGUGACGUAGUGGCGAUUCCUGCUGGAACAUGGCGUGGGUGCCAAGUCCCGAUUACUGGGCGCGGGGAUGGUGCGGCUGUGACGCUGGCUGGCGCCGGUGCCGGAGUGACGAUCAUCGACUGCGAGCACUCGAGCCACCGUGCGUUCUCGUUCCCGACAUCUGGAUUUUCAGCGAAGUUUGUCAUCGAGGAUCUGACGGUCCGGGGCGGCGGCUCGCUGACCAAUGCCAACUACUCGAGCGGCGGCUGCAUGCUUGUUGGCGCUAGCUCUGAUGUGACGCUUCAACGAGUGGUCGUCGAGUCUUGCUCGCUGGUCGGAACCGAUUUUGCCACCUACCGAGGUGGCGCCAUCCGGGUCCAGUCGUCGGGACAGCUCACGCUGAUCGACACGAUACGAGCCAAGAUGGACGGCACCACCAUUACUGGGUGUGUUGCCAGCGGCGAUGGAGGCGGAGUGUUUGCGACCAUCGACCACCAUUUUGUCAUCAACGGGAGUGGCCUCGAGGUGCGUGACAACUACGCGGGUGGGUCUGGAGGCGGUCUGUACAUCGUCGGCGAAACGGAAGUGUCCCAGUCAGCGAUGCUCAAUGUGAGCAACAAUGUGGCAGAGGUCCGUGGCGGUGGCGUGUGUGUUUCUGGCGAUGAUGUGUCGGGCACGUUCAACGCCGGAGUCAUUGCUGGCAACUCGGCCGGCGUGUGUGGUGGAGGCAUGGCCUGGUGGGGCGAGGCCGAGGUUGAAAUCCGCGAUAUGCUUGUUUCCGACAACUCUGCGGUCGCCGGCGGUGGAUUGUGCCUCGAUGAUUCUGGAAGCGGGCUGUCUGGGACUUUGGUUGAGGGCGUCACCAUCACCAACAACGUGGCAGCCACAACUGGCGGUGGGGUUUACAUCAAGUCUGGCGAGUUUACCUUUGACGACACGCAGCUGCUUUCAAACACUGCAGUUUCUGGAUCGGGAGUCUUUGUCGAGAGCGGUGCCGAGCCUGAGAUCACCAACUCGUUUGUGUCUGGCAACCUUGCGCUCGAGGGCGGCGCGUUCGAAACAAGCGGAUCGAAUGGCACAAUCGGUGUGUCCAACACAGUCGUCUGCUCUAACAUUGGUGUCCUGGUGCACAACUCGGAUGUGCGCUGUGGCGGUGGCUCCCGCUUUGACAACGCGAUGGACGGCGGAUGUGCUUCGAACACGUUUUGCAAACGGAGCGCGACUGCUUGCACAGCAACAUCAGCGGUGCCUGCGUUUGAAGUCGGCGCAAGAUACGCCAUGACUAUGCCUGUCUUUGCCGCGCCUGUGGAUGACGCGCCAGUUACGACGGCGUCGAUCGUGGCGCAGGCCAUCGACGCCAACACGCUCAAGUUUACCUCGGUGGCGUCGAACAAGACCAUGUAUCAUCCGCUGGAGCUGUUUGUGGGAAGCAGAAGCGUCCAGCUUGCCAAGCUCAUUACCUAUGUCGAGCAUCAGUGUUACGACGAGGGCUUUGUAUGGUACGGCUCGCGGUGCCGGUCGUGCAGCGAGUUUGAUGGCGCGUUCUGCCCGGGGGGCACGCGGUUUUGGCCGCUUGCAGGCUACUGGUCGCCGGGUGAGGGCGUGCCACCGACACGAUGCCAGGUCCCUGCAGCGUGUCCCGGCGCGUUGGGUGAGCGUGACAAGUAUCCGCCGCGCAUGGACGUGACAGGGCAGCGGAUCACGGCGCAGUGCGCGACGGGCUUCUCGGGCGAGUUUUGCUCCACAUGCGCAACCAACUACUACAAGGAGUAUGGCGUUUGCCGCGCGUGCGGAGCCGAUGACACUGUGCGGACAGAGGUGACACUGAUGCUCUUGGUGGCCUCUGUCUACUUUUUGGUGGUCCUUGUGGCGCUGUUUGUGCUCUCGGCGAGAAGCCUGGUGUUGAUCGUGUCCGUGCUCGUUGUCCUCCAGCAGGUAGUGACCGUGUGCAAGGUCGGCUUGCAGCACCUCUCGACGUCACUCUCGUCACCGGUCUUUCCCACCAUUGUGCGGGUGCUCUCGAUCAUCAACUUUGAAGUCGAGGUGGUGAAACCAGGGUGCACCGUUGGCGCGCUCUCGUUCACCAGUCUCUACUACGGCACGAUUGGCCUCAUCUGCUUUGCGGGACUUUGCUUCAUUGGUGUGGUUUGGCUGCGGACCCACUCGUGCCUCGCCGCUAGCCGCGUCUCGCAUCUCAGCGUUGUGCUCCCCUUGCGGCUCAACGCCGAGCUCCGGGUGGUGUGCUAUGAGGGUGAGCAUGUGAGCGUGGCGGCUCUCGCCUGGGUGGUUUUGGUCACGAUCUGCUGCGGCUUUCCAGUUUGGAUGUUCUUUACCGGCAUCAGCAUGUUCCGAGCGCUGCGGGCGUUCAACAUGAUGGUCAUCGACAUGGCGUUCGAGUCGUACGGCUUUCUCCUUCACGGCCUCAAGCCGCCGUUCUUUUGGUUCCGCGCGCUGCAGUUUGUCUCGACCUUUGCGUUUGUGACCGAGACUGUUCUUCUGGAGCGGACCGGGACGCGGUUCUUUGCCACCAUCAUCAACUUUGCCGUAACCAUGCUGCUGGUGGCUCUGCUGAAUCCGUUCCGCUCGCAGCUGCAGACAACGCUGUCGAUUACUGCAGGUCUGGCAUCGUCAGGUCAGCUUAUGUACUUUUUGUAUGAGGAAGACUUGCGUUUCUUCUCGACUCGCAAGGGCGAUGUGGCCGAGGACAUCACCAGUCCGGUGGCGUCGCGGAGCAGGUCGCGGAACCGAUCCUCGCGGCGGUCACGACACAAGCCGCGCAACAGCAGGACUAUUGCCGUCGCCAUUGCCUCCACCCCCACUGCCACCGUCGCGGCCACGACCACGACCACUGCCACCGCCGUCGUCGCCGCCUUUGCCGCCGCCGCCGACGCCACCGCAAAUCCACAGGGCGUGGGGCCGUACGAGCUGGAGCCACAGUCCGGACCGGCGCACGCUGUGCCGCCGCCAGAGCAGCUGAUGUCUGACCCACCGGCCGAGUCGCGCAAGCCAGGGCCUGUAGCGCGGCCAUCGGCGGCUGAGGCGUGGCAGUCGCGGUGGAAGUGCCGGGGCGGCUCAGUGUUCAACCGGACGUGCCUUUUUGAGAACGUUGUGGUCCUGCCUGCAUCGGAUGCGCCGGAUCCUGAAAAGGUGACGUGGUACGGCAGUGAGAACGAGACCUCGCUUCUGUUUGACACGUUUCAGCCGCAUGUGCACGGGCACGCGAUAUUUGAUGGGCUCUACUCACAUAUUCGGCUCGUUUCGGCGCUACCGCGGGCACGACAUGUGGGCAAGUUUGAGGACAAUAUGGCGGCGCCAGUUCUCAACGAAGCGUGGCCACUGUUCACAUCCAGUCCAAUGAUGGACCCGGAUAUUCUCGCGGCAGAGGCAGGCACGUCUCAGUACACGUGUUUCCCGGCGCUUGCGACCGGGCUCGGUGGGCGGUCGUACUGGAGCAACGAUCGGUGGUGCAAUAUUUCGCCACGGCAAUCGCCAGAGCUAGAUCACCCGGCACGGUGCGACCAGUCGAUCCACGACGGAUUUGUCGGGUUCCUCCGCGGCGUGAGUGAUACAACACCGGCCGAGGUGGCAGAGAAGGCGGCGAAACGGCGGCGAGACGGCGGGGUGCUCAACGUGGUCAUUGUCAACAGGCUCAACAACCGCAAGUUUGUCAACAUCGGGGCCAUCGAAGCCGAGCUCAACGCCGCGUACAACAAGAGCGUCAAUAUCCAAGUGGUGGCGUUUGAGCGACUCUCAAUUGCUGAGCAGGCAAUGGUGUGCGAAGAGGCGGAUAUCUAUGUGGCCUAUGCCGGGUCGUCACUGGCCAACACGGUGUUUCUCCCGCCACAUUCGGUGGUGAUCAUCAUCUCUUCACUCUUCUACGAGACGGCAGCGUGUGGGUUUGACCGCCUGAUCACGGACCUUGGGCACUACAACAUCUCGUACAUCGAACGGCGUGCGCAGUUUGUUGAUCCACGCCCACAGAGCCCAGAGCUCUACACUGAGGUUGUGCGGUGGUUUGCGCACGAGCAGGCGGUGUAUGGGGCUUGGCAAAAGAGCGAGCCAAGCACAAAGAGGCUAGGCGACUACCGGGCGUACUCGCUGGUGCUCGAGAGCGAUCGGAUCAAGGCCAUGAUUGACGCCGGAAGCGCACUGGUUCGCGGCAAGUACCCCGGAGCGCCAACGCCAGGCAUGUGGGCAGCGGAGCCUCUGCGGUACUGGAACACGGAGAUGUGGCGCAAGACGACGGACCGAUUUGAUUACGGCGAGUCGCUUGGUGGAGUGGUGCACAUCCCGCCUAACGACGAGGACGAGCUUGCACGGCCGCUGCACGAGGCGUGGGGCCCGUACUUUGCACAGAUGCGACGGCCAGACGGGAUCCGGUCCCACAUGGAGCCGCGGUACGAGUUCUGUGCGUGCGAUGCAAAGUAG